AUGAAUACAGUUGAGGCGCCGAUCGACAUAGCUACUGAAGAACAGUCAAUCGAAGUGAAAACCGAUAAUUCAGCAGAGAAUGAAUCGACAAAUGAUACUUCAAAUUUAGAUAAGACUGAACCCGUUCCAAUUGAUGUUCCUGAAAAUCCUGAAAAAAUAGAAAUAGCUCGUCUUUCAUCUAUAAUUACUAAUCAAACAAAUGAAAUAUCUGAUUUGAACGCACGUCUAGCUGCAUGUCAGCAGCAUUAUGAAACACUAUUAAAUCGUCAAAAAGAAGAAAACUCACGUGAAAAACAAUCAACUGUUAUGCGUUAUGCUCAAGCAGAAAAAGCAAAGCUAGACUCGGAUAAGCGAUGUGAAGCGUUGGCCACAAAAAAUAAUGACUUAUUAAAAGAAAAAGACAAUUUACAAGUAAAGUUAUCAGAAUUUAAAUUAAUGAAUACUAAAUUACAAAAUGCCUAUGAACAUAAAUUGAGUGAAUUAGUAGCAUUAAAAAAAGAACUAGAAAAAACAAAAGAAAUAAAUCAAUCCAUUGAUGCUUCAUUGAAAUCAACAUUGAAUCAUUUAAAAGGAGAAUCAUCGCAUUUGAAAGAACAACGAGAAUCAAAUGAAAGAUUAAAAAGAGAUUUGAAUGAACAACAUGAACUCAAUGAACAAUUAAAGUUACAAUACAAACAACUUACAGAAGCUGCUCGAGCUAUACCAACUGAUGAUGAACAAGCACAAGCACUUGACACAUUACGUAAUGAACACAAUGCUCUUAAAGGAAAACUAACAAACAUUCAAGAUGAAAAUAAAUUACUUCGUGAAAAGCUUAAAUCAUCCGAUGAAGAUCGUUUAGCAUUAGAAAAUGUAAUUGAAAAUUUUCGUCAAACUACAAUGCGUGAAAAAGAAACAACAAAAAAAUUGUAUGACGAUUUAUUAGCUGCACGUGAACAAGAUUCUGUUGAAAUAUCACGAUUAAAACAAAUUGAAUCACUUUCUAAUCAAACAUUGGCUGAUAAUGCAGAUCUGAGACAAUUACUAGAAAAAGAACACCAAUUACUUGAAUUAACACAAAAAUUAACCGAAAAAAAUUCAAUUUUACAAAGUGACUAUGAACAACUUCAAUUAUUACAUAAAGGAACAUCUACAGAUUUUGAAUGUAUUCAAAAAAUUAAUGAAGAACAAAAAAGUCAAAUAGCUAAGCUAGAAAAUAUUGAAAAAUCCUUAAGAGAUCAACUAAAAGAAUUAGAUGAAAAAUAUCAAACAGUAAACAAAUUAUAUGAACAGAGUGCUAAACAAUAUGAUGAUAGUCUUAGUGAAAUUCAAACAUUAAAAAAGAAACAUCAAGCUAAUACAAAAGAUUUAAUUAAACAAUUACAACAAUUACAAAAGCCGAAGUUCACCAAUAAUAGUAAUGAACAUGGUCCCAUGCUACUCACCAGUCCAACAAAACCUAUUGCAAAUAAAGAGAAUUCCAAUGAUAAUUCUUCAAGUCAUGGAUCUCCAACAGGUUCAUUCAGUUCAUUGAAUGAAAUAACUUCGUUGGCUGUACCAGGAUCUGAUCACAUUCCGCGUCAUACACCAGCUCAUCAACACCAGCAACAGCAACAGCAACAACUUUUACUCGAUGAAGAACAAGAAGUUAUCGUUAAUAUUGUUGAUAUUGAUCGUCAAAAACUAAUCGAUAAAUUAUUGAAACAACAAAAAUUGCUUGUGAGGCGUAAUGAAAAAAUUGAAUUCUUAAAUGAUCAUAUACAAUUAUUAACGCAAGAUUUACAAAAUAAACGUAAAAUAAUUCAAACAUACGCAAUGAAUGAAGAUAGUUUUAUGUACACGUCAACUGAAUCCGAUUCAAUUAAACAACAAUUAGCAAAUAAAAAUCGAAAUAAUUCUUCCUCAUUAAUGGCAACAUUAUAUAAUCGUGCGACAACAACUGUUAAUCAUACAACAAAUAAACUUUUUGAACAGUCGUCACCAAUGACACUUGAAACAGCAUUAGAUGUAAUGGGAAAAUUACAAUCAGUUUUAGAAGAUACACUUUUAAAAAAUAUAACAUUAAAAGAAAAUGUUGACACAUUAAAUAAAAAGAUGCCUAUCGUUAAAUCAGCAUCAACCAUGAGUGAAUCAACAACAAAUGAAGCACGUGAAGCUCUUGAUUGUCUUCAUGAGUUAUCUCAAUUACUCAAUACGGGUCUAGAUAAGAAAACGUUAACUGCAUGUGUUAGAUUGCUUGAAGCUGGUGUUCAUCCUGAUGCACUUGCACAAAUUGUUCAAGUUCUUAGAUCAGAAACAAGAACAACAAAACUUUGA